ACGAGAGAGCACAGAGGGAGGAAGAAGAGAGAGAGAGAGAGAGAGAUGGGGGAGAUAAUUACAUGGCUACUGUUCUUCUUCAUCCUCAUAGCUCUCCUUGUUGUCGUUGUUUAUCAGCUUAUGUGCUUAGCGGAUUUAGAGUUUGAUUAUAUUAACCCUUAUGACACCGCAUCUCGGAUAAACUUUGUGAUAUUACCAGAAUUUAUUACACAUGGCAUUUUAUGCUUGAUAUAUCUUCUAACGGGGCAUUGGGUGAUGUUUCUUCUUGCUUUGCCAUACCUUUACUACAACGUGAGAUUGUACACUCGGAAACAACAUCUUGUGGAUGUGACGGAGAUCUUUAACCAGCUGAAUUGGGAAAAGAAGCAACGGCUUUUCAAACUCGGAUAUCUCAUAUUUCUCCUCUUCAUCACCUUAUUUUGGAUGAUCUAUAAUGCCUUGGAUGAUGAUGAAAUGUAGGUUUUGAAGCUGAUGCAUCCUCCCUCUCACACUUAGGAUUAGAUUGUGACAUAAGAAACAUUUAAUUGUUGUAUUAUUAUUAUUAUUCAUUUUGCUCCCAUUGAAAUUUGGAGAAAUAGUGGGGUUUUCAGAUUUACAAAAAACAGGAUUCAGUUGCCAUGGUUUUUGUGAGUUCUUAUUUGGAUAAUGUUUUAUAUCUUUAAUUUAAUGCAAACACUCGACUUUAGGUCU